AUGGUAGUGGGCGGUGGUGAGACUGGUGGUGAAGGUGCAGCUAGGUUGUGCUUAGUGCCAACUACCAAGUUGAUGGGUCGUCAGGGUCAUCGCUUCAAACUUUCGGAAAAUUCGGUUCAAGGCAGCAACACCGGCCGCCGCCGCGCCAUCUUCACCGCCGGCGACUCACCCUCCCUCCUCAUCACCUUCUCUUCCCCCUCUCACCACCACCCAUUCUCUCUCUCUCUCUCACUCCUCUCUUCCUCCUCCCGGCCGAACUCCCACCGCGCCACCGUCUCCGCCUCCGCGCCACCAUCACUGCCUUCCUCUCUCUCUCUUCCCUUCUCUCUUACUCCUCUGACCGACUCACCCUCUCACCAUCGCCGUCCCUCCGCCCUUCGGUUUCUCGAACCACCGCGCCACCGUUCAACGGCGGUGCCAUUUUGGGCAAAUUUCCGUUCCCUUUUUGACUUCCCGGAUUUGCACAAUCAUCAUGAUGAUGUGCGACCACCACCAGCUGAUGCAGAUGACAGGGAGAUUACUAUCCCCUGGGGUGUUUGGGUGCACGAGAAGCCACCUGCUAGCCGCCGCUCUCGGGCUAGGGCUGUCAUAGGGACACCUUCACCACCAGCCCCUGCAGCUGGCCCAUCCUCUUCUACAGCCGCAGCUCCUCCACCAUCUACAGACCCUCCAGCAGCACCUGAGCCUACCUAUCUCCUGGUCCAGCGUCUCUUCCGGUUCUUAGAGCGAGAGCGACACCAUGUCAGACGCCGCUUGGAUCGGAUGGACCAGGCACUUAUCUCUCUAGGCGCUGAGCUACCUCCGCUUCCCGAUUCUCCGGCCUCCGAUGAGCAGGAUCAUCAGGAGGAGGACGCGGAGGCACCAGCUCAGCAGGAUGCCCCUGACACUGCAGAGCCAGCGCACAUGGAGGCACCACCUCAGACACAGGAGACUCAGCCGGUCCCACAGCCACAGUCAGAGCCAGAGCCUAUCGUUGUACCUCCCACUGAUCCUCCGGUUUAG